ACACGACGACGUGAGCAUUGGCGAGCAUUCGUUAUCCAUCGUACUGUGUUUCCAGAUCUAGCAAGUGUAAUGGAUAAUAUUGCGUAAAAUGAAACGGCAUGUCCCAUUCGACGCAACUUUUUAGCGGGCUGCUCAUCCUCUUGCCGGUGAUCGUGCUGUGCGAUGGCGCGGACACGUAUCAGAUCGACUGCAAUAACUUGCGAAUGGGACAGUACAUUUGCCCCCAUCCCGAUUACGAUUUCAUAGAUCCAAAGACGCAGCAACCGCGCGGCUGCACCAAGGAAAACAAGGCCAAAGUGCUAUGUCUAGCUGCCGAUGGCCUUAAUUGUACAGAAACAAACAACAACACUUUCAAGAAGGAUAUACCUUGCAAAUGGACAAAUGGAUAUUCCUUUGAGACGUCAUUACUGCUUUCGAUAUUUCUUGGUAUGUUCGGUAUAGAUCGAUUUUACCUUGGAUAUCCUGCUCUAGGCUUGCUCAAGUUGAGCACAUUGGGGUUCCUUUUUCUUGGCCAGUUCGUCGAUGUGAUUCUGAUAGCUACUCAAAUCGUAGGACCGGCGGAUGGUUCACAUUAUGUGAUGCCAUAUUACGGUGCUGGAAUCAACAUCAUAAGGAGCAACAAUUUUACGUACAGAGUGCCACAAUAUGAUUGCUGAGAAAAAGUAGCAUAUCCAAAGCGUGUAAAUGACGACUUUUUAAUAUAUGUAUUAUUUAUAUUUAAUAUAUGUAUAUACAUACACACAUACAUAUGUAUGUAUGUAUGUGCAUAUAUAAUUGUAUAAUAACUGCUUUUAUUGCGAGCAACAAUGUAUAAAUUCUAGAAUUACAAUCCUGUUUCAUACACACACACACACACACACACACACACACACACACAC